CAACAUCCAACAACAUCAUUUGCACCGCGCCGGACGGACCCAGUAGCCCGAAUGGAAUCCCAAAAUGAUAUAUUUUUGAGUGCCUACGACCUGGAACAGGUGAUGGGUACUUUGCCAAGCUUAGUCCUGAACUGACUACACACAGUGCACAAACACGCCCACCAUGUCUGCAAACCAAAUCAAGAUUGUCUUCGGAAGUGCCUCCUUCGUUGCGGCCACCGAAGCCGUCGUCAAGGCGUGGUUGCCCGCCAUCGAGGAAGUCGGCAUCAAGAACAUCAACACGGCGCAGUGCUACGGUCUGUCAGAAGAGCUACUGGGCAAGGCCGGCGCCGCUUCCAAGUUCACCAUCGACACCAAGCAAGACGGGGGUUUCGGCCAGAAGCCCGCCACCAAGGACCACGUCAUCCAGUCCGGCGAGCAGAGUCUGCAGAAGCUGAAGACCGACGCGGUCGACGUGUACUGCCUCCACACGCCCGACCGGCGCAUCCCCUGGAAGGAAACCCUCAGCGGCGCCAACGAGCUGUAUAAACGAGGCGCCUUCCGUCGUCUGGGCCUGUCCAACUUCCUCCCGCACGAAGUCGAAGAAGUCAUCGCCCUGGCCAAGGAGAACAACUUCGUGGUCCCGUCCGUCUUCGAGGGCAACUACAGCGCCGUCGCCCGGCGCGCCGAGACCGAGCUCUUCCCGGUGCUGCGCAAGCACAACUUGGCCUUUUAUGCCUACAUCCCCAUCGCCGGUGGGUUUCUGGCCAAACUGACCAGCGGCGGCGCAGAGGGCCGCUUCGGCGACAAGAACCCGCUCGCGCCCGUGUACAAUGCCAUGUACAACCGGCCCAGCUUUGUUGCGGCGCUGGAUGAAUGGGAUCAGACCGCCCGGGACGAGGGCGUGUCGCGCGCAGAGCUGGCAUAUCGCUGGAUUGUGUACCACUCGAAACUGCGCGGGGACUUGGGUGAUGCCGUGAUUGUGGGCGCCAGGAAGCAUGAGCAGUUGAGGGAGACGGUCGUGGCUAUGAAGAAGGGCCCUUUAAGUGACGAUGCGGUGAGACGAAUUGAUGGCGUGUGGGAGAGUGUGAAGGCGGACGCUUUGUUGGAUACCUGA